AGAGAGAGAGAGAGAGAAGAGAGAGAGAAGGGGAGAGAGAGUGGGGGGGCAUCCAGUUCGAAGCAAGGAUCUGGGGAAGCCAACCUCUAUCAGCGCUGUUGGUGCGGAGAGACGCCCCCUCUCUCCCGUGAGUAAAAAGGCAGGCCUACUCGACGGACGCAACUCCGCGUCUUCUGCGGCUCACCUGAACGUACAGACAGACAGACAGACAGGUAUACAGAGGAGCCGGAAGAACGAGCAGGUCCACUUGUGCUGAUAGUAUUUUGUCCCAUACUUAUUCCAAGUGCUCUUUAGAUCACUAUCCUGCCUUCAGCUUUUUAAAAAACGCGAUUUAUUUAUGAGAGUUAAGCGGCAGCAGAGGAAACAUGACCGAGCAAGGAAAGAAGCUGAUUCUGGUCGUGGUGGAUAUUCUCUGUGUCUUUGUUGCGGCUCUGCCUUCGGCCAUCCUGACACUGAUGUUCAGCCCUUAUCAGAGAGGAAUUUACUGCGAUGACGAGAGCAUCAGCUAUCCAUACAGGAGAGACACCAUCUCCCAUGGGACCAUGGCUGCAGUCACCAUCACCUGCUCCAUAGUCAUUAUCACCACAGGAGAGGCUUAUCUGGUGCACACCAAACGUCUCCACUCCAACUCCCAGUUCAACCAGUACCUGUCUGCUCUCUACAAGAUAGUAGGCACCUUCCUGUUUGGAGGAGCCGUUAGCCAAUCGCUGACUGACCUGGCAAAGUUCACCAUAGGUCGACCCCGUCCAAACUUCUUAGCCGUGUGCGCCCCGGUCAGCUGUACCGGAUACAUGCUGCAUAUCAACUGCACCGGCUACUCUCGCAAUGUGACUGAAUCCAGGUUAUCGUUCUACUCCGGCCACUCGUCCUUUGGGAUGUACUGCAUGCUCUUUCUGUCGCUUUACGUCCAGGCCAGGAUGCAGGGGAAGUGGACGCGACUGGUCCGACCAACCAUCCAGUUCUUCCUGAUAGCGUUUGCUGUGUAUGUGGGUUAUACACGUGUUUCAGACUACAAACAUCACUGGAGCGACGUCCUGGUGGGGCUACUGCAGGGAGCUCUCAUCGCUGUGCUCAAUGUUCGAUAUGUGUCAGAUUUCUUCAAGGAGCGACCCCCACCCUGCAUGGGACCUGACACGGCAGAGGUUGAACACCUUGAACGCAAACCGAGCCCGCAGCCUCCUGACUCACAGCACGGAAACCACUACAACUACUCUGGACCCGUAUGAGCAUAUUACUGAACUUGCAACAGCUACUUUUACCAGUUCUUUACUAACCCGGGCCUGCACUCUUUAACAGCAGCUCCGUUACCAAAGGACAUGUGACUUGCAAAGAAAAACAAAAAUAACAUGCUGCAGUAACCACUAGCUGGAAAUUCAGACUAGACCUGCUCCACUCGGGGAUUUCCCAAGAAUUUUACAGUCAUGAAAACUCAAGAGAUUUCUAAAACCUGUUGGAAUAGAAGCUCCACCAUCAUUGUGUCUUUCAGUUUGGGUGUGUGUUCAAUCACGAUUGAUUUGUGGUGUGUGUUGUGUAAAUGUGAAGUGUGUUGUUUGUUCGAAAGUGUGAUUAUGUAUAUAUAUAUAUAUAUAUAUUUUUAUGAUACGUUUUUUGUUUUUGUUUUUCAUUUGUGUCGAGUUUUGUGCAGGAGAGAAUUUAUGCUGUGAGUUUGACCGAAAAGUGAGCAAAGACUGCAAGACAGAUCUGUAAAAUUUCAAAAAACAUUGACAGAAGAUGUUUCUCUCUGUGAUGGAGUGACAAAACCUUGGAGGCUGAAUGUUUUCUCCUUUGCUACAGUCAGAUAAGACUGUUGUUAUUUUACCUACACUGGAGCUAGAUCAUAUCUGCCUAUCCUUCAUACUUUUUAGUCUAUAUUUUAGACAGUAUGCAUGUGUAAUGAUGGACCGCUUUAAUUGCCAUUUACAUACACCAUGUAUAGUACUAACAUUUUUAUUUUGUUUAUAACUAUUCUAUCUAAUAAAUUGUGUAGCUUGUAAGAAUGUGUUACCACUAUUUUACAGUGAUGUUACAGUGAAACUUUAAGCUGGCAACGUUGUUUUGAAUGUUUUUCUGCUUUUUUUAGAGACAAACAGAACCUAAAUGAUUUAAAAAUGACGAAUGCCAAGGACAAAUGGAGAAGUUACUGGAAUGUUUUCAUCCCAUAAACUCAGUCAAAUCUGACACAGACUAAACACACCUUCAUGGACUUGUUCCUCCUCACUUUAAAACAACAUGUGUAACCUAUUGUGAACUGCACAUAAUGUAAUCAUUUCUUUCUUUCAGCCUGUUGGUUGUUUUGUGUAAUUUCUCCAUAAAUAUAUGCCAGCAUGUCA